GUGAUACUUUAGAACAUCGGGCAGAGGGAGGAGCAGCUCACGGACUUCCCUAAAAACAUAUGUUCUCCAGCAGCAGGCUGUUGAAACUCGUUCUGCUGUUUUKAUUCUCUGUUACUCACAGGACAGAGGUCGGCUCGACCCCACGGUAAGCUAGUUUCGCUUUUCUCCCGUUGAGGAGCGGCCACGCUGCAGAUGGAAACGGACCGUCUGCUGGCCGGGAACAAUGACCGAGACAACGGGGAUAGUUAUAGCUGCGGGUCGGGAGCGAGGAACGGAGGAGGAGGAGGUCGAGGCAGCAGGAGGAUGUCGUACUCUGUGGCCGAGAGCUCGUGCAGCUGCGACAGGAGCUCAGAUGACGCCAGCCUCUACAUUCAACAAGCAGUUGUGUUCAUUGAGGAUGCCGUCCAUUACCGGUCCAUCAACCACCGGGUGGACGCUCAGUCUCUCCGCCUGUACCGAUGGUACUACUCCAGGAUAUGCCAGUGGCUCUUGGGGAUCAUCAUAGCAGUCGUGUUGCUGCUGGCCUUUGUGGAGCGUCCGUCGUCUCUGUCCAUCUCUUCAGACCCCCGCCACAGAUCUGUGGCCUGGGAGCCCCCCUGCGGUUUCACCGAAACCAUUGAGAUGAUCUGCCUCAUCGUCUUCACUCUUGAUCUUGCCRUCAAGAGCUACUUGAUCGGCUGGGAGGAGUUCAGGAAAAGCAAAUGGCUGAUCAGCUUCACCAUCGUCAUUUGUGUCUCCGUCAUCGACUGGAUGUUGUCUAUCAGCAUGCUGUGUGAUGAGAAACUGAGGGUACGGCGGCUUCUGCGGCCGUUCUUUUUGCUGCAGAACUCCUCUCUGAUGAAAAAGACACUGAAGUGCAUCAAGAGGACUCUGCCUGAGAUUGCCAGUGUUAUACUGCUGCUGGCUCUACACCUCUGCCUCUUCACCAUGAUCGGCAUGCUGCUGUUCGCCAAAACUGAAGAUUCCAAGAAAAACGGGGAGUGGGAGUUACAUUUCAGGGACAUGCCCAGUUCUCUAACCUCUCUGCUGGUGCUGCUGACCACAGCCAACAACCCCGAUGUGAUGAUCCCUGCCUAUUCCCUUAACAGAGGCUACGCCAUUUUCUUUAUCACCUUCAGUGUCAUCGGAACCUACUGUCUGAUGAACCUGCUGACCGCCAUCAUCUACAACCAGUUCAGAGGAUAUUUACUGAUGUCCGUUCAGACGUCCAUCAUCAGGAGAAGGCUGGGGGUCCGAGCAGCUUUCCAGGUCCUCAGCUGUCAGAGAGGUCAUGCAAGUACUCAGAGGCGCAGCGCUACGCAGACGUGGGCUACGUGGAUCGGCAGCAGUUUAAGCACAUUUUUGAUGAACUGGAUAAAGAUUGUAUUAAAGAGCACCCUCCUCUUCCUCAGUACUCGUCACCAGUCCUGCAGAGGCUGCAGGUGGUCUUCAGUCACUACUACCUCACUGUGCUUGGUAACGCAGUGGCACUCGCUAAUGUCAUGUGCAUCUGUACGAUCCUGGUGUUGAAUUCUGAGAAGUCAACAGCAGAGAGAGACAACUACGUCUUAGAGGUCACCAACUUGUGCUUCAUCCUCUACUACCUGUUUGAAAUGUCUGCCAAGAUCUUUGCCUUUGGGUGGAGAGGUUACCUGUCGUACAGGAACAACAUCUUUGAUGGUUUUCUCACUCUUCUGUUGUUGGUCCUUCAGAUCUCCAUAUUUAUCAGCUACAGGCUUCCCUAUUCACCCUGGGACCCCUCUUCUCGCGGUGCACUGUCUCUGUGGGAGAUGAUCCGCUUGGUCAACAUGCUGAUCGUGUUUCGCUUCCUGCGCAUCAUUCCAGACAUUAAGCUCAUGGCUCUGGUUGCGAGCACGCUGCUGGAUCURGUGAAGAACCUGCGGGCGUUUGCCGGAGUGCUGGUGGUUGUGUACUACGUGUUUGCUGUGUUUGGAAUCUGGCUGUUYGAGGGAGCAAUAAAACCUCCUCCAGACAUGAGGCUGCACUCGUUUUGCUCUACGAUGUGAUGAUAGUCAACAACUGGCAGGCCUUCAUUGAGGCCUACAGCCGAUACACAACAGAAUGGUCCAAGAUCUACUUUGUAUGUUGGUGGCUCACCUCCUCUGUCAUGUGGGUCAACUUGUUCGUGGCGCUCAUCUUAGAGAACUUCAUCUACAAGUGGGACCGCAGCCACAGCUGCUCUGUGACAGACGUGGAGAAGAUCCGAUACGAAACCUCUGUUCAGUUCAUGUUCAAAGAACAGAUCCAAGAACCGACAGAAGAGGAGUUACUUUGUCAGCUCCACCAGCACCCCCACCUGCACAUACAGUGGUGACCCCGACGUGAUGAGCAGCAAGAGAAGCACAGAGAGGAUUCUGGUGCUUGUCUUUUGCCAAUAUGUUACUGAACAAGUAGAAAGCACUUUUUUUCAUGAUUUGUUAUGUUUUUGUUUUUGUUUUCUGAGCAAAACCAUUGUGGCCUGCCAGACACAGCWUUCAGUGGGAGAAUCUCUGGAAAUCUGUCUCACGGUCAAACUACAAAAAGCUUCGUCUGGUUUUAAAUCCAGAAAUYGUUGAGUCAAACUUUUUAAUGCCAACAAGUUUUUAUCAUGAAGCACAGGACUUAAAAUCAUUUCAGAGCUUAAAGCACAGCGCCUUAAAUCACAAAUGUGUCUCAGCACUGAAACAACUCUUUUUACAUUCAUUUAAUUUUAUUUUAGAUCUUAUGUUUUGCAGCACAAGUCUGCAAAGCAGCAUUUGAGCAGAGUGUUUGUCUCUGCCUACAGUACUGUAUUUACAGGUUCUAUUUACUGAUUCAAACAUGUUUGAUAACCUGGAACUGAGAAACCCAAAUUCAACAUUUAAUUUGGCACAUGCAGUAAUUGUCUAUGUGGGAUAGGAGGUACUUUUACAUAAUUAUUUAAUCAUCAAUCCGGAACAUUUUCCUACCAGUUAAUCAUGGAGGAAGUUGUUGUUUGAGGGACUUUCAGAGGACGCUGUGAGUUUUAUUGAGAUAGCAAAGAAGGAGGAAGUCUUUUCUCACCAGGAAAUGUGCUUCACUUGAAAUGAAAACUUUCCUUGRCAUUCUGGCGGUGGAUAAUCGUGCGACAAACCCCGCCGUGAUUUAUUAAAAAAUCAGUUCAGAUUCUGUCUGGAUCUUUGAACAUGUGCUUUGUACCAACGUCACUCUUAUGAUAUUUAAAGGGUUAAAAAAGGGAAACUCUCACUUCUUUGUGACAUUUAUUUGAAAAAGAAUUACUUCAGGUGUUUUUUAAAAAGAAAAUUAACUUCAAAUGUUUUUAUUUUUUGAA